UUAAUGUCCAUGGGUGACAAUAAAUAAGCAUGGAAGUUAUUGAAAACAAUGUCAACUUUGACCAUCAUUCUUCAAAAGAUUCUCAAAUUAUCCAUGAACAAAUAUCCAACUCGGGGACCAGUUCAGAUGAUGAACAAAAUAUGAAACCCGAUAUCGAUCCAACUGAAUCUGAAAAUCUGAAUGAAACUGAAAUUUUAGAAUCUGAUGCCGAACAAAUUUCAAAUGAAGAAGAAACUGAUGCUACAUCAAGCAUUAAUGAUGAUCCGAAUGUAUCUACUAACAAUUCGGAUGUAGAACAUCAAUCUAAUAAGGUAAAAGAGGAUAAAGCUUCUUUGGAAAUAAAUAGUGAUCAGAAUAUUUCUACAAACAGCAAUUCAGAUCCAGCAAAUAAAUCUAUUGAUGAAAUUUCUAAUUUUGAAGUCAAAACACCAAUAAUCGACAAUGAAACGGCUUCUGAGGUUGUUGUUGGGGAUUGUGGUGAUGCUUUGAAUGAAAGCAGGGUGAAGGUUGUGUCUGUUGUACUUGAAGAUGAUCGUGUUGUUAAAUUUAACCUAGAUUGUACAAAGAACACUAACAUUGAAAGUUUAAACUUGGCAGUGACUUCCUUUCUCCACGAUUCAUCAACUUGUGGUUUAUACAGCUUGUCCUCACAUAAAGAACAAGAGAAACAGAUUGUUGAUUUUGAAAAUGAAAUUUUAACUUUAAAGGAAGCGUGUAAGAAACUGGAAGGUGCUAAUGUGGAGUUACAUCAAGAUUUAAAACAAACGCAUGAAAAACUGAGUGCUCAUGAUGUUGCUGCUAAACGAACUAUAGCAAGACUACAACAGGAUGCUGAAAAUAAGUUCAAAGAGCUCAACAAACAAUGUGCUGCAGCACAGACUGAAAAGCAAGCGGCCGUGAUGAACUAUGCGCGAAGGGAAAAGGAAUUGUUGGAUUUACGGCAGAAAAAAGACGCGGCGGAAAUGUACGCGAGAAACACGACAAAGGAACGAGAGAAAGCAGUCGCUCAACUUAAAGCUGUGAAAGCAGAUUUUUUUAAGUGCAAAGCAGCUCUGGAAAAGAAGGAAGGGGAAUACAGUGUGCAACGACAGGAAAUUGAAAAGUUAAAAGAAGAGAUCAACUCGCAGAUCAUUAAAGUUCGUUGGGCUCAAAACAAGUUAAAGACAGAAGUUGAUAGUCACAAGGAAACCAAAGAAAAAUGUGACAAGAUGGUGUCUGAGAUACAACAAGCUAAAGAAGAGACUGAGCAGAUACGGAAAAACUGUCAUGACAUGAUUAAGACUUAUCAAGAAUCUGAGGAAAUUAAGUCUAAUGCUCUGGACAUAGAACUAAAAGAAAAGCUGCAAACUUUGACUCAAAAAGAAACUGAAACAAGUGAAGUACGGGGUAUAUUAAAACAAAAGACAGAGGAACUUAACAUGUUAAAAAUUAAACACAAAGAUUUGCUGGAAGAGGGAAAGGUAUUAAAGUCGAGAGUCGAAUGUUUGGAAAGUGAGAGAAUGAAGAAUGAACAAGUAAUACACGGCUAUGAACAAGUUAUGAACAAACAAAAGCUAUCUUCAACUCAAAUGGCAGAGAAACUACAAGCAAUGGAGCAAUUACAAAGUCAGUUAGAAGCUGCUAAUGUAAAUGUGAAUGAACUAAAAGUUGAAUUGGAUAUUGCCAUUGAAAAACGUGACACUGCAAUAUCUGAUCUUGCUUGCAAAGAAGAGAAGGAACAGCAGUUGCUUCAGUUUACUGAGAGAAUGAGCUCAAAAAACACAGAACUUGCUGUCCGGGUUGAAGAUCUAAAUGCUAAAGUUGUUUCUCAAACAGAUGAAAUCAGUCUACUAAAGUCACAAAACUCCCAGUUACUUACUGAGGUGCAAAGUGUGACAACAUCGCUGGAGGUUGAAACCACAACCAGUAAGAAGUCUACUUCAGACAUGUCUACUCGUCUCGAGGAGAAAGAGAAGUCAAUUUGCCAGCUGCUACUACAGAUUGAAGACCUUAAAGAUGAAAUGAGGACGGUAAAGAGAAAGAAUAAUGCCUGUGUGAAAGAUUUGUCCAGGCAGUUGAAUCAAGCCAAGAGGAAGAUGGACAAUGUUGAUGCACUUUCCAAUGCUUCAAGUCCCAACAGCACAAACCAUAGUGCAGAUUGUGGAAGCAUGGGAAGUAGGGCAAGUUCAACAAAUUCUUUGGACCGUGUUAAUUCAUAUUCAGGUGAAACAAAUGGGACAACAAGUGCAACUUAUGACCAUGUCUCAGUUCCAGAAACAGCGAUCACUGGCAAUGCAGGGCCAGUUGACAGACAGAUGCUUAUUGAGAGAAUAGUUCGCUUGCAGCAAAUCCACGCAAAGAAGAAUGAUAAAAUUGAUUUCCUACAAGAGCAUGUGCAGCAGCUGGUUGAGGAGUUACAGAAGAAACAGCGGCUUAUCCAACACUAUAUUAUAAGAGAAGAAGCAGGGGUGCUUGCCCCACCACGCCAACACACUGAUUCUAAACCUAAACAUGGUAUGACCCUUGAACUGUCCAUUGAAGUCAAUCGUAAAAUGCAGUCAGUCCUUGAAGACACUCUCCUGAAAAAUAUAACACUUAAAGAAAGUUUAGAAAUGCUUGGGAAAGAAAUCCAGAGGUUACAGUGUAAUAAACCAACCACGUAGCACCUGCGAAUAAUCUUCUCUCAGCAACAAUUCGAUUUUAUUUUUACACCUAAAUAUAAUCCUUACAAAGUCUUGUAACUCCUGUUUUAUAUAAUCUGUGUUUUGUUUAUGUUUUUAUUUACUUAUUGAGCAGACAUAACAUAUAUUAAAAUUACCACACAUUGCAAUAACAUCUUGCCCAACAUUUCUGCAAUAUUAAGUUCUGAUAAGCUGGAAUACCCUGGAUCAAAUGUUACUUUCAAUAUUAUUGCUUGUUUUUUUUCCACUUAAUCUUAAUUUUAUAUGUUGUCCGUACUUAUAUAUUUGUUUAUUUAUAUUCUGCACUUGAUAGUUAGCUGAGGUGUUGCUGUUACUGUAUUUCUGUGGUUCCUGACUGAACCACACAUUUUAAUCAGUUUACCAUUUUUUUUCCCUGAAUUUAAGUAACAACGCAAACUAAAAUUUUUAUUUUGUUAACAAUUUCCCAUUCCGUUUUUACCACGAACCAUAACUUUUUAUUUCCGUUCCAUUUUUAUUUAUAGUACUUGGGAUUUUAAAUUGUGCCAACGUGUACAUCUUAAACCGUAACGUCAUCUAAUUCUAACUUGGACUCGUUUUUUGCUCCAAUGGUGCUUUUUCCUAACGUUGGGCAUCAUAGCUUGGGUGCUCCAGAUUCCCAAGCAAAAAUGGACUUUAUUUUUGUACAAUGUUGAGUUACUUUGUGCAAUGUGACUGUGCUAGAAUAAACUAGAUCACAUAAAGAA